AUGAAUCGUUCUUACUGUAUUAUUGUUUUAUUCCUAAUAUUACCACCAUUAAAUUGUCACAAUGGGAAUAUGACAGAUAUUUUCGAUAUAAGAGAUGACUGUAAUAUGUCAAAAAAAUACGUCGCAACAAUAUUGUUUUCCUUAAUCCUGCUGUACGGUAUCGUUAGCAAUAUACUGUUGGCAACAGUAUUCUGUAAUUGCGACAAUAUGAUUCGUUAUGUGUGGAUGCUUGGAUUACCUAUUGCGAUGUUUGCGGUAUACAUUGUAAUAUUCCGCACCAUUCGCCACAGACGAAAAAGUAGUCUGAUGUUGUGCAAAGCAAGCGGAUAUGAAACAAAGAUAACUGAUAAAUACGAGCGAUUGAUGUUAAUUCAAUCAGCAAUCGUUUGUGGAGCACUUGAAAUUGAAAUCAUUUGUUUCUAUUUCCUUUUGCAACUUGCAGUGAAAUUAGCAGGCAAAAAAGUUGAGAUCCCCGUCAAUAUUUUCAUCAAUUGCUAUGUGAUUUUCAACGGUGCAUUGCUGCCCACCGUCAAUUUCAUUUUCAUCAAAGAAUUUCGUAAGAACGUGAAACGAGUAAUUGCAGAAUUGUCGUCCAAAUUUACGAACAACAAAAAAGCAGCUAUCGUGCCAACUAUAUUAGCAACGUAG